AUGUCUGCUCGACGUUUCGUCUCUUUGUUAUGGAGUGCAUCAGUUCUCCUUGCGCCGACAUCACUGGCGGUAGCUGUCAGCUCCGGCAAGGCUGUCCACAAGUUGAAUGCUCGAGGAUUCUAUGAUCAUUUGGACCCAGAAAACUUCAUUAUUGCCUCAGUGAUUCAAUCCCCUUUUGAAGGCCCAAUUCCCGUGUCUGUCUGGACCGAGCCACAGUCGCUUCCCCAGGGAACCUGGAACAUUACUUUGACAACCCAAAGAGCUGUCAGAUUCAUCCACGAAGCUGCUGCUGGCGGCGUUGGUCUGCUGGCAUUUCCUGAAGUGUGGUUUCCAGGAUACCCUUUCCCGAUGAAGGCUCAACCUAAAUACACCCAAGAUUACAUUGACAAUUCUCUUGUCGAGGGUGAUUCCAAUUGGAACGCUUUGGUCGAAGCUGUCCAAGAAGCAGGGAUUUACGUUGCGAUUGGCGCCUCUGAACGCCGAGGGGACUUACUCUUCAUGACUCAAGUUCUCUGGUCCCCGGAGGGUGAGAAGCUCAUCCAUCGUCAAAAGGUUCGUGCGAGUGCGUAUGAGCGCAAUCUGUGGAGCGACGGGGACUGGAAUGAUCUGAAAGUGGUUGCCACUCCGUAUGGUCGUAUUGGACUCCUUGAGUGUUGGGAACAUCUACAUCCCCAGAUGACCUUCCCAAUGCAGGCCCAGCUUGAGGACAUUCACGUCGCCAUGUACCCAAAUUUUGCUGAUCCCCACAUGGUCGACAAUCCUGAAACUGUCUUGCAUCCUUUCAGCUCCAUGAAGGUCAAUAUGGCCGGAGUGCAUGUGUACACUGCUACCUCCAAGACCUGGACCGUCGUAGCUGUCAAUGGUGGCUCACUCAUCAUGAAUCCUGUUGGGGUGAUUCAGUCCAUGAUGGGACCUUUUCCUCAGGGAACCUAUGAUGCUCCUACUUACCAUGGAGUCAGUGUCAACACGACGACUUUCCGAAAGAACAGGACUUACGAGAUCAACAGCCAAUUUGGCUUUGGGUCUCUGCUGGAAAUGAUUCAAGCGUAUCCCGACUAUAUCCCGAAGGACACUGGGACAUGGGUGCAAAAGAAGGAGGUGACUGUCUUCUACCUUUUGGAACAAGCGGCCCAGAAUAUCACCUACUUCGACGGCGAUGAUAGCGCAGAGACAAUUCUAUAG